UCGUUGCAAUAUGUCGGCUGCCUUAUCGACGAAAUGUUCUUUCGGUUCCUUACGUAGACUCGCGUAGACUCUUUGGGGCGUGUAUCAUUGCUGAAAUGUGUUCCGUCUCGCGGUCAUGUUAACUUGCUCAUCAUAGCCUUCAGGGUUUUGUAAGCGCCAAGCAAGAUGCCGAUCUAUGAAGGAAUAGGCAUGGUGGCCGAAAAAAACUCGGUGGUGUUUGACUUCGGACGCGCCUACACAAAGUGUGGUUUCGCGCGUGAACCGAGCCCCCGAUGGAUCAUACCAAGCAGCGUUCCAUUGGGUCGUAACAACCAGAUGCAGCCCAUCUGGAACUACUGGGCCCAGGAUGACCUCACCACCAUGCUCAAGGAAUUCAUGUACACCCUGUACUUCAGGCAUCUCUCGGUCAACCCCAAGGACCGGCGAGUGGUUGUCGUCGAGUCUGUGCUGUGUCCGACGCUGUUUCGCAACACAGUUGCGCAGGUGCUCUUUGAGCACUUUGAGGUUCCAGCCAUAGUUUUCGUGCCGUCACAUCUCAUGGCCUUGUACACCCUUGGGAUCAACUCUGCACUUGUCCUCGACUGCGGAUACUACGAGAGUAUCUCACUGCCGGUUUAUGAAGGAGUCUGCAUCCUCAGUGCCUGGCAGGCCAUUCCCCUUGGGGGACUCGCCAUUCACAGGCGGAUAGAGUCUGAGCUCAUGGAGCUGGCAACAGUGCGAGGUUCAUCUGACGGCGAGUUUUCGCUUGCAGAGGUGCUUACUGAUCCUAUCAGGGAAUCUGUUCUAGAAGACAUAAAAGUCCGCACUUGUUUUGUGACUACCCGCGAGAGGGCGCUAAAGCUGCAGGUUUGGGGAUUCGCAAGGAGCAACAAUGCUGAAGUCAUUCCGGAUCCUCCUCCCCCGCCACCAGAGGUCAAAUAUCCUUUGGACGGCGACAAGAUCAUCACCAUUCCGGGGACGCUAAGAGAAUAUGCAGCUGAAGCUCUGUUUGAAUUGGAUGGCGACAUGAAGUCCAUAGCAACACUACUUCUGGAUUCCAUUUUAAAGGCUCCAAUGGAUUCGCGGAAGGUCCUGGCUCAGAACAUUGUGGUCAUGGGCGGGAGCUCCAUGAUGCCGGGUUUCAAGCACCGCCUCCUCCAGGAGCUGAAGAGCUUGGUCCAGGACCCAGCGUACUCGCGGAAGAUGAACAUGAACACGUUCAAGUUCCACAGCCCGCCCAGCAAGGAGAACUACACUGCGUGGCUUGGAGCUUCCAUCUAUGGCUCUACGGAUGCAGUGAACGUGCACUGUAUCACCAAGGACCAGUUCAUCACCAACAACCGGCACAUUCCAGACUGGUCAGACCAGGCUUGGCAGGCCCUGUCAAGCAAGUCAGCUUGAAAAGACUUCCCUCUCCGAGGACCAAAGAUGCGUCCGCUUCACCUUCCGCGUGCACCUCUGUCUUCGGCCUCAAAACACAGCUCCUUUUGCCAAACUGUGUCGUGCAAGUGCUGAGGGAAUGGUGAAAGUUCAGCAACGUUUCUUCUGCGGUGAUCUGACGUGCGAGAAGUUUGCGGCGAAGGCACUGCCGGCUUUUUUUUCGUGACUCUUGGCUCUGCGUGUUGAAAACUGGAAGCUUGGUGUUGCGGCUCUGUUGUGUUGUUCAUUUUAUGUUGACAAAAGAAUCUGUUGCUCAGUUACAUCUCAUCAUAAGGGUGUCUGCCUUUUAAGCUGUUGUGCUUUUUCCUGAAUUACUCAAGAGGUGUACUGGUUUCUUGCUGGAUAAAACCUUGAGAAUUUGUGUCCCUAUUACUCAAAGAGUGACACUCUUCUUUUUUUUUUACCAUUUAAUGCAAAUGGUAAAGUUAAGUCUGGGUUGGAAGGUCCUGUAUUAUUAUUAACUUUGUCCACACUCUUGUGCCUUUUCCAUCUUUCAUGCGGCUUCUUUGGCGACCUGUGUGAUAUGGUAUCAAACCCAGGGUCCUUUAAGUGAAAGAAGGGUGAAUUGGUGCAAUUUGGUUCCUUGCAGAAUGAAGUGCUUUGAUGAAUGCUGUGCUUGCAAGGAGAUAUCGUGUUCAUGCAAAGCUUCCUUUUUUUAAUCUGUUAGCUUGCCAUUGGAUUUCUUGCCUAUUUAUUGCUAUGCAACACAGUCAUACAUUAUAUACCAAGUUUCGGCAUUGUUAGCAUGCUGAAUCAGCAUUUCUUGCUACAUCUGGCAGCCAUGUUGUUGUAAUGUGUUGCUACUUUGAGAUGUAAUGUCCUAUGUGCUGUGGACACUCAAAGUGAAUUUGGAAUCAACCUUUGCUGAGCCUCCCAGCAGCACCAAAAGCUUUAACAGUAACUAGCUAUCUACCCUGGCUUAGAAACAAGACUGUACAAGGUUUAAGAGUGAUUGAGGGUUGCAUUCUAACUUUAGAGCUUUAUUCAGGUUGAUGGAUCAGAUCAGAGUAAUAUAUUUAAAUGAUACCUAGCUCGAGACCUAAUUCAAGGGACACUAAGAUGAAAAAUAAUUUGAGAUGUAUUGGUUAAUUACUCUUUUAUAAUAUAAAAAAGCCACUCUUACUGUCAGGAGUGGUUUCAUAAACCAUAAAUUCCACAAGAAUGAAUGACAGUUGGCAACAUUGCUUUCAAGUUUUCACUACAUCAUGAAUUGUGAGCCUAGUUAACUAGUCUCGGGCUUAGUUAACUUUUUGUCAUGAAACAUUGUAAGAUUGUUGAGGUUGUGUGUUCAUUGUAAGCUGAUACAUAGAUGCCACUAUAUACAAAAUCUUUAAGGUCAAGUGGUUUAGGGACCCUUCAAAGAUAAGAAAAACUAUCCUUCCAUGUCUACAAGGAUCAUUUGUAUUACGAGUAUAAAGUCAAACAUUAACAACUCGGAAAAAACCUGGAAUUCAUUAUUGCAUCCCCAGGUUCACCUGCAUUUGGCUCGGUCGACUUCCAAAAUUUAGCCAAUUCUAAUUGUAAAAUGUAGGUUUACAUUCGGGAUGCACCAUGCUUAUAGGAACUAGUUACACGAGGUAAUUGCACAUAUUGCUUGUUCUGACAGCCUGUUCUUCUUCACGUUUGAGUUUAGGCUGAUGAUUCCCAACGUCACAGGUACUUUAAAUAGUUUACUGUUUGUAUUCUUUGCCAGGCAUGGGUGAUAGUAAAGCUAUCGUCUAAUGUGUAAAGGGUAAGAGGGUGGAGAUUUUGGAUAAGCAUGUUAUACAAGUUUGCACAUUUCUACAAGGCCUGUGAUUCACAUAUGUGGCAGCGACGGUGUCGAUAGGUCUGUGUGAAUGGAUGGCAUGUGUUCUACAUGAAAGUUGUCAUGUUUUUGAUGUCAUGUGUUGUACUUUUUCUUUCCUUUUCCUCCAGCAGCUAUGUCUUGGAAAUGAAUAAUUGUUUUACUUUGCCACAAUGUCAGCAUACAACUCUAUUACUGGUCGAGCUAAACUUCUGCUAUAGAUUAUCAUGUGAAGGACACUUUCCAAGUGUGGCCUAGGGAGCACAGUUGUGUAUGCAACAUGAGAAUGUGCUUCUGCUUGACAAUAGGUGGGGCAGGGAUCUCAUUUUAUUUUGAGGUGCUUAAGUACUCGCUGCAAAUAAAGUAAUUUAUGAAAAAAGAA